AUGGAGCGGGCGGCGGGGCCGGGGAGCGGGGCAGCUGCGGCCGCCUCGCUGGCCGAGGGGCUCAUCAAGUCCCCGCGGCCGCUGAUGAAGAAGCAGGCGGUGAAACGGCACCACCACAAACACAACCUCAAGCACCGGUACGAGUUCCUGGAGACGUUGGGGAAAGGCACCUACGGGAAGGUGAAGAAAGCCCGGGAACGCUCUGGGAAGCUGGUGGCCAUCAAGUCGAUCCGAAAAGACAAGAUCAAGGAUGAGCAGGACCUUGUCCAUAUCCGGAGAGAGAUUGAGAUCAUGUCCUCCCUCAACCACCCUCAUAUCAUUGCAGUCCAUGAAGUGUUUGAGAACAGCAGCAAGAUCGUCAUCGUGAUGGAGUACGCCCCUAAGGGGGACCUGUACGACUACAUCAGCGAGCGGCAGCGGCUGUCGGAGCAGGAGGCUCGGCACUUCUUCCGGCAGGUCGUGUCUGCUGUCUACUACUGCCACAAGAAUGGAAUCGUUCACAGGGACCUGAAGCUGGAGAACAUCCUGCUCGAUGCGAAUGGAAACAUCAAGAUUGCAGACUUUGGCCUGUCCAACGUUUACCAGCAGGACAAACUUCUGCAGACUUACUGUGGCAGCCCUCUCUACGCAUCCCCUGAAAUCAUCAACGGGAGGCCCUACAAGGGCCCAGAGGUGGACAGCUGGUCCCUGGGCGUUCUACUCUACAUCCUGGUCCACGGCACCAUGCCGUUCGAUGGCCAUGACUACAAGACUCUGGUCAAGCAGAUCACCAGCGGGGACUAUCGGGAGCCCACGAAGCUGUCAGAUGCCUGUGGGCUAAUCCGCUGGAUGCUGAUGGUGAACCCAGAGCGCCGCGCCACCAUCGAGGACAUCGCCACGCACUGGUGGGUGAACUGGGGCUACAAAGUGCCCGUGGGGGAGCAAGAGCAGCUGCGGGACAACGAGUCCCCCAUGGCCACGGUGGCAGAGUGGCUGCGCCGCUCCUCCCGCCCCCUCCUGGAGAACAGCUCCAAGGUGCGAUGCUUCUUGAAGCAGCACAUCCCUGGCGUGGCCCUGGAGCGGCAGCGCUCCCUCAAGAAAUCCAAGAAGGAGAACGACGUCUCCCACGUGCUGCAGGAGGUGGCCCUGGCCCCAGAGAACCCCUCCAAGUCCAUCCUCAAGCGGCCCAAGGGCAUCCUGAAGAAGAGGAACUCCUGCGAGCAGAAGGUGCCUGGCCCUGGCCCCCCACCAGCAGUGCCUGUGGGAGAGGUGAAGGGGGAGGACGGUGAGGUGGCUGCUGUGGGUCUCACCCGGAUCCUGUCCUCUGGGAUGCUGCUGUGCAGUGCAGGUGCUGGAGCAGUGCCCGUGGCCAUGCCCAAGAAGGGAAUCCUGAAAAAGCCCUCGACGAGGGAAUCGGGGUAUUACUCAUCCCUGGAGUGCUGCGAAUCCGGGGGAGUCCUGGAUGCGGGGAGCUUGGACUUCGAUGAGAGUGUGUUUGCUGACACCCCUUCCCCAGAGCAGGGCCCCCAGGGUCUCCCCACCCGCCGGAAAGGCAUCCUCAAGCACAACGGCAAGUACUCCUCCAGCAGCACCGAGGCAGAGAGCCCCCCCGGGCAGGGUUUUGGGGGUUUCAGCGAGCUGCCCCUGCCCCAGGCGCCCCGCGCCCGCCCGUCCAGCGCCGUGAGCGAGGACAGCAUCCUCUCCACCGAGUCCUUCGACCAGCUUGACCUGCCCACCCGUGUCCCCCACGGCACUGGGGGCAUGAGGGGCUGCGUCUCUGCCGACAGCCUCCUCCGGCUGGAAGAGGAGGAGGAGGAGGUGGAGGAAGGACGCAGGCUGCGCCGCUGGACUGUCACCCACUGCCGGAGCCCCCUGCGUGAGAGCAGCUUGUCCCUGGUGGGCUGUGACAAUGUCACUGAGGUCUACAGGCGUGCCGUGACCAUCGGCAUGAAGCUGAGCUGAGGGCACCUCCCAGCAGGGCUCCCUGGGGGGUGUGUGUGUUGGGGAGGGGGGCUGAGCCCUCCCUGCCCUGGUGCUGCUGAGCCACCUCCCACCUAUUUAUUUUGCAGCCCCAUGUCCCUUGGGGAGGAACGUGGGAGCUGUGGUGGCUGUGGGAUGCUGGGACACCCUGGGGCCAGGACAUGAAAUGGACCAAAGCCCUGAGUGAUCCCUUCACCAACCCCACAGAGGGGCCUGGAGGGUUCUGGAGGUUCCUCGCUGCUGUCCUCCCCUUGCAAACAGGCUCAUCUCAAGGGGGCAAUCCAAGGGGAUGGGGGGAUGGGUUUGGGUUUGUUUUUUUUUUCUUUGCACUGGUUUGUUGUUUGUUUUUUUUUUUUGGGGGGGAGGCUGCACAAGGUAAUGGAUGGGGCAGGUGAUAUACCUCAAAUAAGCUGGAGAUGUAGCAGGGUGCUGGUGAGGGGCUGAAAGGUGCUGCCCUGGCUGAUGGGCUCUUGGGAUAUGAUGGCAACAGGGUCCAAACUGCCCAGGCUCCAGCUCUUCCCACUCCUGUUCUGGGAAACCCAACUGGAUCUGGCUGAGACCCCAGGCUGAGAACACACUCUGAUGUCAACGUGUUUUUUGUUUUGUUGUUUUGUUGUUUUUUAAAUGUUGAAAGGAGGAAAAAAAAAAAGUGCCCUUGGUGAGGCACCAUUUGUUUAUUUAUUGCCUUUGUCUGACUUGUUAUAAAACUUCAGCAGCACGGGAAGUGUGGGGCUCCUGGAUGUUUUUCCUUGAGGGGUGGAGGUGCCUGUGCCCUUGUCUCAUGUGCCACAGGUUGAAGCUCCGUUGCACUAUUGCCAUAUGUUCUCUGGCCCUUUCCCUUCUCAAGGGUGUGUGUGUUUUCCCCUCCUUCCUACAAAGUGGUCUUGUGAAAAACAUUAAAUUAAAAGCAAAUGGUA